GAAAGCUCGGCCCAACUUCGUGACUUUCCGUGAGAGCCCGUCACCCCCCGAGCGAGAGCCUUCGAGGCCAGUUACUGACGUGCUCACACACCCUUGAUGCGCUUUUUUAUACAGCUCAGCUGACUUUUGUUUUAUUUUUUUUUAUUUUUUAUUUUUUUAUUUUAAUUCGUCCGUUUUUUCUACCGUUGUUGUCUCUACCCCGUUGUGUUUACUUGUGUUCAUUCGUACGGUUAUCCUCUGUGUUCUUGUUAUUUCGUUAGAUGCUCCUCAGCUGCCUAGAAUGAAACUGAAUUUGGAGUACUUGAGCAGCUACUUCUUCGUCAGCGUUUUCGCCUCCGUUUGCGUGGUCUUUGCAUCUGGUGCAGAGGAGCCGAGCUCGAUAUCAUGCUACUCGUGUAACUCGGCGUUCGACCCGCGCUGCGCGGACCCGUUCGACCCAUACUCGAUCGGCAUCGUCAACUGCAGCCUCCGACCCAGGCUCGAACACCUCCCCGAGCUGGAGCCCGUCAUCUGCCGCAAGACCUACAUGAAAAUCCAGGGGAAGGAGCGUGUUCUGCGAGGCUGCGGCUACAUCGAGGGCGACGCGAUGUACAACACGACUUGCGUCCGACGGACCGGCACAAGCGAAGUGGAGGUCAUCUACUGCUCCUGCAGGGGUUCCCUCUGCAACUCGGCUGUCUCCAUCAUGCAGAGCCCCCUCACAUCACUCCUAGUCUCGAUAACUAGCCUACUAGCAAUAGCCAGGCUCGCUCAACUGUAACAACUCUAGGCCCUUCUCAUCAAUACCUGGUUAGAGUCAGAAUUGAAGUGCCCACUUUGUUACUUGCAAUAAUAGCUUAUCAGGCUCGCGAAUGGGGCGAAGACCUCCAACUUCCGGAAGUUACGCUCUUCUUGGUCUGGUCAAACUUCUUAACCGUCUCUUACCGGAAGACUGGAUGUCCACUCUCAUGCGAGCAUAAUCACUUGUCAAUGAAGAGUUCGUCAUAGAAGCAAUCACUGUGGAACUUGCGUUAUGAUUAUCGACGUCACAGAUCGUAUUCGAUAGUGGUUCGAUGUAUAAAGAAAAGGAUCUCUGAAAGAAGAACGGUUGCUAAAAGUUUCCACUUUUGAGGUUAUUGUUAGUGUUUUGAACCAAUCGAUAUCAAUAUAUCGCAUCGAUAGAAUGCCUGUUUGAUUUAUCGAAUACGAUCUGUUGUAUUCAAGCAGCGACGAGGCGUUCGAUCCACUAUCGAUAUUCCCCCAUUUAAAGCUGUGAUAAACAAUCGAUUAUUAAGGUAUUCGUUGCGGACACCCUGUUUAUCGACCCUAUUCCAUAGGUGUAGAUGGCAGAUCAAUCGAUGUAUCGCAAAGCACGCCACGCCACUGAGAGGUAGUCAAGGAAGCUCGUUGUGAACUUCGGUGCUGCUGAAGUAAAGUGAAUUUUCGUCGUUUAAUGGAUUGUCAAAAGUUGAUUGCUAAAGAAAGACCGUUAUUACACUUACUUAUUAGCGAGAAGUGACUUGGACGGAGGUUGGCGAAAUGUGGUUUAAGGUGGACGGGGAUAAGGCGAAUAUACCGUAGCUUAGGGGUCGUUUUUGCAUCUUUUAGCGCAAAAAAAACUCAGAAAAUAAAAAAAAUUCACGUUUCAAGAACACGUCGAGGUCAGAGAUGAUGAAUCAGAAAUUGGAGAGAGACGCAGAUGAAGUUUACCAGCGCUGUUUCUAGCUUUGAAAACGCUGCAUUUCCAAAAAUGUAUAACAUAAUUGGACAUAUUUAUGCAAAGAGGAACUAUGUGAAACCAAAUAAAAUCAAUUGGAGUUUUGCGACGCACGCACGCAGUUCCUUUUGAUUAAAUUAGUUUUCACUUAAUUACCUUAAGUAUAAGUAGUCUAAUCAAUAAUGCAAAUUAUGUUUUGAAACUUUGAUCUCAUGUUAAAUUGCAAAGUGAUGAGCAUCGAAAGCUGAAAAUCGAUAUUUUUGACACCGAAAAAGUUAUUCCGCUGCACCAAAAUGAUUUGAGUUUCCACCCUAGGGCACAUUUUGUCCGACUCUAUCUUCAGUUGUCUGUGACGCUUGCACAAUAUUUUGUGAUGCCAUGGUUUGCCAUCACAGAAAUGGGGAGAAGUUAAGUGCCUAUGUUAAGGGGAUAAGGAGGAUAAAGAAGUCAAGUGCCUAUGUUGAGGGUGUAUUUUAUGAAUAUUAGUAACAAGUGGGGUGUAUUGUAAAAUUGGGAACCUAUUUCAGCAUUUGCAUGGUAUAAUGUCACAUUUCAAAUGCAUGCGUUAAGUAUGCGUUGAACGUCCGUUUUAAACAAAAGACGUUUCGAGAUAAAUUGGGAUGAAUAAUACUAUCAAUGACUUGGUACCUCCUUUCAUGUUAAAUCUCUAGCUAGUCUCUAUCCUGUAAGUAUAGUCCGUCAUCGAGGGUUGAGAAGCUUCGUAAUGGGUAAACCUCGUGAACGUUUUUCUUUUUUAAUUUUUUCUCUCCCUCUUUAUAAAACUAACUCGGACAGUUAACGCUCUUUAUUUAACGAGCAAUAAUUAAUCUUAAAGGUAUGUAAAUAACGUAAAUACACUUGUCCUUAGAAUAGUCCUGAGUUUUUGGCGGAGGUUAUGAUUAGCUAUAGCGUUAAGGGUGAAAAAAAACGUCCGAAAACUGAUUUUACAACCAUCUUGAUGGUUCCAUUACAUAAAUAUACAUUUAAAUAUAUUAGGAAAAUGCUCUAAUUAAUUUUCAAUCAGCACCUUUUGAUCUCAUUGGCUCUCUCUUAACUGCCCGUAGUGAAUUAAACAAGAGUAUUUAACAGUUUAAUUAUUUUUGCUCAAUCGGAUAAAUUAUACGUGAAUAGCCGAGAGUUCUUUGCGGGGAAAUUUUCGAUUAAAUGUUUAAUAGAUUGAGAAAUUUCGCUAGAGAUGCCCUGAAAAAGUCUCUAUGAGUGUUAGUUGGUGUAGGUAAUGAAGUUUUUGCAUAGGAAAGACUGUAAGCCGAUUAAGUUUGAGAAGUUGCAAUGCAAUGUCAGUAUUGUCAAUGGAACUGAGAGGCAAAAUUUCUAUAUGGACGUAUUUCUAUCAAACAGAAGUAUGUGCAUCAUGGCGUGAGCUCUGUUAUGCACAUAUGCUUGUGAGUUUCAGGGCUCAUGUUUUAAUGCACAUGGUUCCAUUUGACAGAAAUACGUCCAUACAGCAGUCAAGCAAUUAUUUUUUGGGUGGAAAAAAAAAUUCGAACAUUUGUAGUAAAAAAGAGUACCACUAUUCCUUUCGGAAACGGAUAGUUCCAUUUUUACAAUGUUAUAAUUACUAGUGAAUGUCCACCUUGCCCUCACAAACAUGAACUGUUAUCUGGAAACACAGUCGCGGUGCCAUUAUGCCACAUGCUAUUUGAUAUUUUCAGAGAUAUCGGAUGUCUCUUAGAGACCCUCAGAAACUCGGAACAUAUUCAACACACGCAGAAUUUCCUUGAGUUUAGUGCCAGGAGCAAAGCAUCGUUGAUUUUUUACUUUUCCACCGAUGGUAGACGUGGAAUUCGUUGAAAUCAGACAAUUAUUAAAGGCUGUCCUUUAAUGACAUCACGAUCCCGUGGGAUAUAAGCAUCCGCGUAAUGGGAGAGGGGAGGUUUACAGUGUGUGAUGUUCAGCAGAAAUUGGCGUGAAAUUUAUUUUCAUAGGUGAAAAUAUCGACCAAAAAUGUCAAUUUAUUGCGCAAAAAGUGGUUCCAGGAAAGCGUGGAGUAAUUACUUUUUUCUUGGGGGAGGGGGGGGGGGGCUCAGACCUGGGUGACAGUGCGUGAUGGAGAAGGAAGAGGGGUUUCUAAAGUCCCCUAAGCGCUCAGGUCUAUCGACCUCUGCGACUAGCAAUAAGAACAGUAAGGAAGUGCAGUUGGGAUUCUUGCAAAUCGGCAAUACUGUUUUUUCUCCAUUUAAAUGUAUGCAAAACAAUCGAUAUCUAUCGAGGCAGGCUACGUCACUUAGAGUCGAUUGUUUAAAAUUGAGAAAAUCCAUUGUUGCCAACUUGCGAUGAUCGUCACUAUCAUUUUCCUCUAUCGCCACGUAUUCCAUGGAAUAAAUUCACGUGGGGAAUGGGUCAAGAACGGCAAUGCUGUUGAGGUUGUCUAUCGGUCGCGGCGCGGCAAGGCUCAGUGGCGUCUAUGCAGUUUCGCUGAGUUUCGUAUCGAUCGGGCCGGGAAGUCUCGCCGGGUUGUCUACCAAUACCUAACAAUGCCGGCACACGGCCAUCUGCCAAGUGGGCCGGAAAAUUGAGCAAUUAUUUCCUCUCUUUUUAAAUUUUAUCUUUCUUCUAAACUUAUCUUCGUCAGCAGUAAAAACAGCAUAGAAUGUCGACUACGUCAACCAAAGCGAAAGCUCCAUAUGAACUAAUGUUAUUUAACAUUUUCCUUCCCUGGGUCUGUCAAUUUUCGUACCUAUUGAAGCCUGCUUCGAGGUUAACUUACAAAUAUGAAAUUGGAGGGGGAAAAACAUAAAUUUUAAGCAUUUUUACAUUAAUUCUCCGGUUUGCGGUAAAUAAAUGUAAAAAAAAACCUCUUUAAAUUCCUAAGAACGUAUGCUACGUAUGCAUUACCAUUCGACCUCCCCAGAACGAGAUCUUACCGCAAUCGUAAACAGUACUUAUUGAUGCAGUUCCCCUUCGUUGACAUGAAAAUGGCGGAGGCUUGCGCUUCUGUUGAUGUUAUUCUCUUUAUUCUAUAAUAACAGUAAUUUUAAUAUUCUAAUGGGCUCGAUGGAAUGGUCUGAAACAGUAAUUUUUUUUAAUUUCAUCCCGUGUAAGAUGUAUAUAAUGGACCUCUAGAAUUUGAGUAAAAAUCUAAGUACAAUUGGACGUAUUUCUGCCAAACGGAACUAUGUGCAUUAAGAUAUGAGCCGUGAGACCCAUAAGAAUAUAAGCAUAACAAGGCUCACGUCAUAAUGCACAUAGUUCCGUUUGGCAGAAAUACGUCCAAUUCAGAAGUAUCCUCGCUGAAAGGAACCGCAAGUUGGAUGUGAAUUAAAUGGUCACACUAGGUCACAUGACGAUCGAAUGAUAAUGUAUAAAGAGGGGAUACUUAUCUAGAAAAAACUUUACGAGACUUUCUGUCCUCGUAAAGUGGUCCAUUGUUUUAUAAAAAAGGCUGUUUGGCAAAGACGGGAACUUUUGUGGCUUCCUUAUUAUCGGUUUCAUUUGACUGCUCCGCGCGCAAUAUAUGUUAUAGAGGACCCGAGCAGUGGUCUCCUGAUAUCAUCGUUAAAAAGUACUUGAAAUAAGCUAUUUUCCGAGGAAGGCAUGGUAAAUGAUAUUAUCCAACGGACGCGUAGAUACGAACGCCAGUCGAAAGGGAUCCUGACUCUCUAGAAGACCGAUCUAAUUUCAUUUUGCAGUGAGGAGCUACUAUUUCUGGCGCUCAUUAACGGGGGAAGAAAAAACAUGCAUAUUAGUUUCAUUACGCAA